AUGAUCAUGGUUCGACGGCGACCUCUCUUGCUUGCUGUUUUUCUUACCGUCCUUUUUGGAAUCCUCUUUACAGGCCGUUAUGGAGUGAAGGAGGGAUCGCAACUCAAGCCGCAUAUAGAAAAGGUCGAACACUUCCUACGACCUGCCGGUCCCAAGGCACCAUGUGAAGAACACCUUGGCUGGCUCGAACCAUACUCCUUCUCCUACCCAAUAAACUACGUCUCGCGCGACAUCAUUGCCGUUCCAGAUCCAGAGAGCCAACGUCCACCCCUGACCGUCAUCAACGAGCCACUUCUUGCAGAUUUCAGUACCGUCGAUUUAUCCCAAUCGCAGACACUCAGGAAUUCAAAAUGCCUCCCUCCACUCUCGCUCAAGGUCUCUCGAGUCGCUGUGCCGCCGCAAGAUGCUUCGAAUAUGAUUUUUGGAAUGCAAACUACCAUGGGUCGUCUCAAGAGUACAGUCAAGCAUCUUGCUCGAUGGCUUCCGAAUACAAAUGCAAGGCUAUUUGCAAUUGUCAUUGAAAACGAGGAGACGCCGGCAGACGACGCAGCGAUGAAAGCUUUGGAAAAGGAGUUUUUGGACCAGGGCAUGAAUGUCACAGUCAUGCAUCCUGUGAGUCCUACGGACAACUUCCCUCAGCGAUACUUCUCGUUGGUGAGUGUCAUGUAUAAAGCCAGGACUGAAAAGACGGACUGGGUGGUGUGCAUAGACGAUGAUACAUUCUUCCCAAGUAUGCACGACCUGGCGGCAAUGCUCAAAGACCACGACCCCAAAAAACAGCAAUAUAUUGGAUCGCUAAGCGAGGACUGGUGGGCAGUGAACCACUAUGGACUGAUGGGCUUUGGUGGUGCCGGAAUUUUACUCUCAACACCUCUUGCGAAGGUGGUGGACGAAUUUACUCCAUGGUGCAAAUCACAUCUGAGGACCAGCGCAGGAGAUAUCAGUGUGAUGGACUGUGUAUACGAUCAUUCAACCACGAAACUCACACAUAUUGCAGGGUUACAUCAGGUGGAUAUGCAUGGGGAUCUCUCGGGGUUUUAUGAGUCGGGGAGAGAAAUGCUUUCGCUACAUCAUUGGAAAGAAGGAAGUGCUGCAGGAUAUAAGCUCGAGAUGGAGAAGAUGCAUCUGGUCGCAAACAUCUGCGACAACUGCUUCUUGCAGCGAUGGCAGUUUAAAAACGAAUUUAUACUAAGCAACGGCUUCUCGAUAGCACAAUACCCACAAGGCCAGAUUUCUGGAAAGAAACCAGGAGGUGUUUUGGGUACUGGUGUAGGCGGGUCGGUGGACAAAAUUGAUCUCCAAGCAAUGGAACAUACUUGGGGAGAUGAUAUCAAUGUUCUUCACUCGCUUCAUCCCGUCCGAGAUAAACUUCCAGACGAUGUCAAAAUCGGAUACAAGUUAUUGGAUAGUAUGUUAGUCGAUAGUGACGCAGAAGGUCAGAAGGUGAAAGAUGUUGUGAGACAGGUAUAUUUCAAGGAAGGUGGUGAAGGUGUCAAAGAUACCGUUAUGGUAUUGAAUUGGCAUGCUGGGUCUGCUUAA